AGCGAUCUGGCUUCUGAAGGGGAAAAAAGAGUAUUUUAUCUCAUCUGAAUGAGUCUACAGACAUGGUGACUAAUCGAUCAGCAGCUCUUCACAGACAGACACAGAGCAGGGCGACACAUGGAGUGAAGGCAGCGCUCUGAAGCAGACCCUGAGCCGCUGCUCCAACAGGAUGAGAAGACGGAGGAAGCAGUGAAUUGCAGCCUGAAGCAAGAGAAAUCCAUCAAAGCCUCGGCUUUGCAAAAACUAAACAAUCCAACAACAAAAAAAGAAGAAGAUUGAGGAGACCAUAAAUGGAGAGAAAUAAGAAAUCCCCUCUGCUGUUUCUUCCUCUGGCUCUGCUCUGCGUCUGCGCUGUCGGAGAAGAGAAUUGUCUCGAUGACAGCCGCACAGAUCUCACCUGCUACACCGACUACAAUCGUUUCAUCUCUUGUGUGUGGAACAGCACGUCUGCGUCCACUGAUCCAGACAACGUGUGCACAAUAGACGGCAAACUAAUUAGUAGUAGAAGAGUGAAAAGGGAAAGCUCCUGCAAGCUGGAGUCGGUCAACGCCUCCAGACCGACGCUGAAGAACUGCUCCAUGGACUUCAAAAGAGAAGGCAACUUUCAGACCAUCCAAAUAUAUUCCAUUACUCUGACAUGUAACUCUGUGAUUCAAACUCAAAAAUGUCAUACAAGCCAGCUUGUCACAUAAAGCUGUAUCCUCCGCCACAACCGGUCGUCAACUUAACUACCAUCUCCUGGAUCCCCCAAGCUACCGAGCAUUCAAGAUUAAGACUGUACGCCUGCCAACUGCAGUGGAAAGCCAAGGAUCAGUCGUGGACGGAUCCCUCUGUGCAGAGAGACAACAUUAAAGAUGUACAAUGUAACUGGACCGGCUCCGUGGACCUGGACACGGAUCAGUUGAUGCAAGGCGAGAGGUACGAGGCUCGCCUCCGAGUGAAGGCCGCUGAUGCGAAUACCAGGUCGACCUGGAGCGACUGGGGCCCCACUGCAUCAUGGGUGUCCCACACAGGAAGAACAAAACAACAGCCGUCAGAUCUUAACGUGGGUGUUUUGAGCAUGGUCGCCACUGCAGCAGCGUUCGCCGUGUUUCUGGUCGUCAUACGCUUAAAGACCGACAAAACCACCUGGGUUUACAUUGUGAAGAGAAUCAGAGGUCCGCCUCUUCCCAACCCGGGGAAAUCCUUCCUGCAGGAUAUAAAUGUCCAGAACUGGUUGAGCCCUCCCUUCACCAGCGAGUCCUUUCACUCCCUCCUCAAACCCGUGGAAAUCGUCUCCGUGGAGGUCACCUCAGCCGUGGACGCCGUGACGCCGUGCGGCCUGGAGGCGGCGCUGCUCGAGAAGAUGAGAAGCGAGAGGGUCCACGAGUCCACCAGCUCCAACUUCUCCAACCCCAGUUACUCCCAGCUGGGUCCUCCUCCUUCUCCUCCGCCCGUCUCCUCGCUCACCGCGGGGAAUCUGGCGCCCAUCGCCGCCGAUACACCCUACGGGCCCGUCGGUGGUCAAACCGUCAAAGAGGAACAGGAAGUGAGAGGGAAAGAAGUGGACAUCCGCCUGCUGCUCUCCGAAGGCGGCAACGGCAGUGAGUCCAUGCCGGUGGUGUCGGACUACGAGAAGGUUGAGAAGAUCCAGGUGGAGCGCGUCAGGCUCCAGAGUCUGGAUUCAGGCGUGUGCAGCGGCGAGGAGGUCAGUCAAGAGAGCCUGGAGGCGGAUAGUAUCAAUGUGUCGGAGAGCGAGGAGGAGAGCGAGGAAGGGAACGCCAAAGUAGUCGAUUUUCAGAAGUUGUUCGAAGGCGGUGGAGGCUCCAUCCAGGUCUGUUCCGGGUACGAGAAAGUCGAGACGUUGCAGGCCGACGGCCCCGAGCUCCUCAGCGUGGAUUCAGGCGAUAGCGGCGUUGGCGAGGAGCAGCUGAGUCAGGAGGACGACGAUAAGACCUCUGAAUCCACCGGCCUCCUGCUCCCUCCUCCUACUCCUCCUCCUACUCCCCCUUGCAGCUCCUCACCAUGCUUCCCGCAGCUUUUCACACCAAAGCUGUUGGACUUCGCCGGGUCGGGGUUGAGUCCGGCUCUGCCAAGUGAUUUCCUGGAGAAGAUGGCUCUGAUGUCCAGCAGCCGGUCAGUUGAACCCUCUGGUGACGGAUACUUGUGAACAGAGUGAAGGACGGACAGUCGAUGUCAUGCAACUCAUUUGUUCUCAACACAUUUAUUUAAUGCUCAUCGUUCAACCUUCAUGUUUUUAAUUAUGUAUUGGUUGUUUUUUAUUACUUUUAAAUACUUCUCACUCAGUGUGACAGAAGAAUGAUGUGGACAUGAUAUGUGCUCCGAAAUAAACUUUUUGUUUUCAUCCCAUCAGAGGGGUCAGAGGUCAGCGCUCAGUGUCACUACUGACUCUAAAAUUAAGAGGAUUGUAUCUGAUGUUUAAAGCUACUGGACCUAAAUGUUAUUCAUCUUUUAACACAUUUCACAAUUUGGUGUUUUUGUGAUUUUAAGAGAAGAAACUCACAAAUUUAGGAGAAGAAUCUCACAAAUUUAAGAAAAUAAUCACACAAAAUUUAGGAGAAUAAACUCACAAAUUUAGGAGAAUAAACUCACAAAUUUAGGAGAAGAAAUUCACAGAUUUAAGAGAAGAGACUCACACAUUUAUAAGAAAUAAAGAGAUUUAUGUACAAAAUGUACAAAAAAACACAAGUUUUGCUUCACACUACGUUAGGAGCAAAGAAAUUCAGGUUUUGUACAAUCAGCGUUUUUUUGUGUUUAACUCAGGAGUCUUUGGCGUGAUGACGUCGAUCCAACCUCGUACUGUAAAGAGAAUAAAAUUGCUGACUUAUUGAUCUCAGGGAGUGAAAUUUUUAUUUGUUAAUUUAUUUUAUUUUUUGCAUCAUGACUGGCUCAUGAUGCAUUUUAAUACUGUAAAGUAUCUCAGCACCCUGUAAAGAUGAAUGCAUUUCCUUAUUAUGGCAGCUAUAUUAAAAAUACUGACUUUUGAAGUGAACAAGUUGUUGACUUUCUUUGAAAUUUUUCGUAGUAAUUUGCCUCUGCACUAUACUUUUGCUCUGGUUUAUGCUUUUAGAUGCUUGUUUAAGAAAGGAGAUGCACUUAUGACUUCUGGUGACUAGUAGUUCUCUUGAAUACCUAUGUUGAAUACACUUCCUGUAAGUCGCUUUGGAUAAAAGCGUCUGCUAAAUGACUGUAAUGUAAUGUAAUGAAAUCUAUGUCUGGACUCUUCUAACCAUGUUCUUUUCUUAAAAACAUAUUUUAUGGUUUUGUUAUUAAUUAUGAAAAUACAUCAUCAA